AUGUUCAUCUUUCACCCGAACGUCGUUCGCGCAGCGCUAGCUGCGAAACUCACCCUGGGCUUCUUUCUAACUAGCCUGCUGGUCACCGUCAAUGAUUUCCGGGAGCAACUAUCGUGCUGGGCUCCUCUUUUGUACACGAUUCUUGUGGGUCCUCUGAGCGAGUUCAGCUACACGGGUGCCAUUCAACGCACAGUAUCGGGGUUGUUGUACGGUUCGCUUCUGGGUACGGCUUGUGCUGCUGUGGUGUUUUUCUUGGCACGCUAUUAUGUAUGGCUGCGCGUUAUCUGCAUCUUUGUUAUUUUCAUACCUAUAAGUAUACUUCGUCUGAGCGAUCAGCAUGCGCUGUUCUCAAUCUUCACCGCAGUCGCGCUUGGUCUCGUGCUCAAUGCUGCCCUGGUGUCGCAAGCACUCGAAUCCGACACGUCUACAGCGAGCAACAUUGGGCGCUCUCUCGCGGAGACAACUUCCUCGGUGCAGUCGCUUAUGCGACAGUUUUGCAUUUCUGCCUCAGUGGCAUAUGUUGUUGGCGUUUUUAUUGGCGUCGUUGUGUUACCAGUGCCGGCUUCAGCUGCUUUGCGGGAUAGACUUGAACGCGUCCUCCAGGAGCUGGGUAAGCAAGCGAGCGCGCUAGCUAGCGAGCUCUUUGGAUUGGUAGCACAGGCCGAGGGCGCAUGGCGAGAGAUCCAGCGGCAUAGCAAGAAAACAUCUGGAGAAGCCGCCUCCACAGAAGAGUUGCAGGAUUCUGACGGCAUGUUAUCGGCAACGACGACGACGAUGGCAACCAGCGCGCAGUCGCCGCUGUCCGGCCUGAGGGGGAAUGGGAAGCGCGUUGAACAAUGUUUCAGCGUUGACUUUACUUUUUUAGACGAAGAAGACUAUGCGGCACUUCACGAGGAGGGCGCUCUCUUCCUACAAGAGCAGGUUUGGGAACUGCAGUCACUUGUCGGAUUCGCUUAUCGAGAAUGGACCUUUCCGGAAGUUACAUGCGAUCUUUCGAUCACGGCAUGGGCACGGAUGAUUCUUGCUGUUCGAGAGAUCGUCUCGCGUCUUGCGGGUGUUGAAUGCAUCCUCAGCGAAAGACGCCGACGAUCUGGGUACAGUAUGGGUCUGGCGCUGGAUCAGCUCUUUCGGCAGUCACUCGUUGAUGUGAUGCGCAUGUGGGCCAUCAUCUCUGCGAGCUGUUAUCAGUUAUCGGGAAUGCUUGCAGACUCACAUUGGCGAUGGUAUCGUUGGACCGCGCAACGGCACCUGGGGAAGCGCUCCCGCCAUCGAGCAUUCUCUGUGUUGAAAACGCUGCUCGAAACGAAGAGCCUUAUGCGUAUUCGACAAAGCGCGCUCGCUAGUGGGCUUGUCGGCUACGAAAAGUACUGGCAGCAAAUGAUGAUGCUUUACCAGCAACAGCAGCAACACGAUCAUUGCAAUGACCGUAAUGCGUAUAAGCUUGACCGCAACGGAUCGCGCUGCACUGCGCUAUUUGCUGAAGACGUUAGCGCUGCCUGGUUCAGCGCCAUCAUGAUGCAUCGCAUUUUGGAUGCAGUGCUAGAAGCGUAUCACGCUGCAGAGGCGUUUGCGCCUCCACCAGAGACUAGUGCACUGCCUCUGUCCGGUCGGCUCCGUUCCGGUGCUGAUCGUGUUCGAACACUCUUGUUCAACCUCGUGAGCGAGUUUUUCGCAUUGCCCAUCCAGAUCGGAACGGAUGUUCUACAGCUUGGCCUUCGAUUGCGUGUUUUGCGCUGGAACGAUGUUCGGGAAAUGCUGCGCACCCAUCACUGGCAGGUUGUUUUCUUCUGGAAAUUUUUCCUGCUUUCAGCGACAACGCUCUCGGUGGUUACGAGCAUUCCAAACAAAACAGCGCUGCGGAGCGACUGGAACAUUAUUUGGCUGUACUACUCGGUAAUAAUCACAGCGAGACCCACAACGGAAUCCGCAGUAAGCAUUGGUCUCAUGCGCGUGAGCGGGACCAUCAUCGGGGCUGCUUUGGGCUUUCUGGUCAUGUUUCGACCGGUCAUUGGGACCAACGCCUACGCCGUCACCGCUCUAAGCGUUUUUGUCCUCUACAUUCUCUUCUACCUGGCGCAUUUGAAUCGCCACAAGUGGUUGCAGUACGCAUCGCGAGUCGGAGUUCUAACGUACACGCUGGUGGUGAUGUGCCAGUACCAAGGCGUCAAUUACGUCGCCCAAUGGCAGUACGCCUUGAGUCGCUGCGUCAUGACCUGUGCGGGUGUGCUGCUCGCCGUGCUUGUCGUUGCCGCCUUGUCUCCACGAAUGGCAGUGCGUGAAUCGCGCCAAACCCUGGGACAGGUCUUCCGUGCCGCGGCGGAGGCAGCACGCUCCUUUCAUGCCGUUUACGUGACCCGCGAUACUUCGACACAGUUACCCGCUAGAUUAGACCCUGCGUUUCUACUGGAACACUAUUCGAACUUUAGUUCACUGAUGCGUUCACCAUCAUUAGUGACGCUGUUGAGAGAACACGACGCUGCGGAUGAAACACGACAGCGUCGUGCUGCGCGAGCGACUACCGCCAAUGCAGCAGCAGACGCAGAAGCUACGUCCACGCAGGCACUGAAUUCUUUCAGUGACCGGGCAGCGUCGCUAUUACUCCAAAGGAUAACAACAGAUCUUAUGGUGGCACGUGCCGCUGUCCGUCCAGCGUUCGGUGGUAACACACAGUUCACAAUGUGGCGCUCAGGAUUAUUCAGUGCGCCGCAAUACAUCUUGCGCGGUAUAGACAGUUCGUGGCUGCUGUUGCUGCGUUUGGAAGUUAUUGAGGGUGUUCUCGAGCGUCCUCCGAUUUAUACGAACCGCUACACGGGAGCAGCGAUACGUUUAUUUAUUCAACCGCUCGAGUCGGAGUGGCGCGCUCUUUUCGAUGCACUGCACGCGCUCAGCGAAGCAAUUCAUGCGUACCUAUCAGCGUUUUCGCUUUGGCAUGAUCUCGGGCUCGAGCGGGCAUGCCGAUGCGGUUCCUGUUGGCGUCACGACGCAGAAGAGGUGCAUGUUGCCUCGACAGCACGUGCAGAUGCGCUUUCGGACAGGUCGUUGCCGGCGUCGCAGCAGACAACGGAGCUGGACGCAAAGGAUGUUCAGUAUGGAGGCGAGCGUCUGCGACGUGCAAUUGUGGAUGCGAGGGGCCAUGAGGAGUGGCUGGAUGCACACGUCGCCGAUGCUUUGCUGCUCUUUCGGAAGCGACGUGCACGCCUCUGGUCGAGCUUGACAAAGCGUCGCAAUCGAGUGCGACGAGUGGCGCUCUCCCGCUCCCUGAAUAAACAGGAACGCCAGGUAGUGGAUUUCGUUGGAGCCUUAUUUCUUGCGCAGGAGGAAGCUGAGCGUAUGAACUUCCCCGGCAUGGUGCCUGAGCAGGAUUCAGAUCCUGCUAUAUCCAAGCCAGCAGAUGUUGCUUCGGCAAUAGCCCGGUUAGAUUCAGCGACGGGUAGAAUGCGUGCAGUGGAAUUGCCUCCGGGCGAGCCGUCUCCAUCGAGCACCACUGCGCGAUUGGAGGCAGGCUCGCAGUUGCCAGGCCGACAGUUGCUUGAAAUGGAGGACACGGGUACUGCGUCGAAAAUCCAAUCGCUUGCGGAAUCGACGAGGCGAUCAGAAGCGCAUACAUCUGGAGGCUAUGCACCGCAGCAACGCGACGAGCGACAACGACACGACAGUGCCGUGUCGCCCAUGGAGGAAAUCGCACCACGGUAUAACAGCUCCGCAACAGCAGUAGCUGCUGCUGCUGUUGCUGUUGCAGAUGAUGAUGAUGAUGCACUCGACCAAACGACGGGGAUCGUAGAGCGCGUGCCUCGUCACGUACCGGGCGGAGAGCAUGAAGCGUUGCCGCUCUACCCAUCCACGCAUUCGGAAAUGAAACUGCGCAUAUCAAGCCUGGCGGGUUCGCGGGCAGCUGCCACCGCGGACGCUGGCCUUGGUGUUGCUGCCGAGCAUCCAACUGAUACCUCGCCCAACGCAAUCGAACAAGCAGCACAGCCGGUAAGGGAGAAGGGCGGCCGCCGUCGCCAUCGGCGCGUCCACCAUCGCAUACCCCCUGAUGAGGAGGAGUCGAUCGUGCGGGAGCUUUCACAGCUGGCGACGUACACAGAGGCGCAUCCGCUUUUCGCGUCCUCUAUUCAGAAACCAAUCCACACCUCCCAUGCGAUCGGAUUGCCGAUAGAUGAUUUUGUGCAUUUCUCGAGUUACCUUUUCGCUUUACGCGAGACACUGAAUGUGUUCGACUUUGCUGCGCGCAUGAUCGCUCGCCAGCCUGCGAUGUCGUCGCCCUGA